UUGUUACAAAUUGAACCAUUAAAUUUAAUGAUUUCCAUUGAUAUCCAGUAUGGAGUUCUGGCUUUAAAUUUAUGCAUACCCCUUGACUGUGGUGCAUUCUUGUUAUCUUCACUUUGCUUAUACAUUUUUCAGGAUUCAGACGCUUCUAUUCGAAAAAGGGCCCUUGAACUUGUGUAUCUUCUUGUAAAUGAAAGCAACGUAAAGUCUCUGACAAAAGAGCUUAUUGAAUAUCUAGAAGUAAGUGUUCAAGAUUUCAAGGGAGAUCUUACUGCCAAAAUUUGCUCCAUUGUUGAAAAGUUUUCCACGGAAAAAAUUUGGUACAUUGAUCAGAUGCUCAAGGUUCUCUCUGAGAUGGUUUUUGACGUACAAAUGUGGAUAUGACUUUUUUUGACAAGUACGGAAGGGCAUUAUUUUUAUAUCUCCGUCCGUAUAUAUAGUGGUUCAUACAAAUUAGUUUUUUGGCGUGGUAAAUAUCCAACAUUUGGCCCGAUAGAAAUUAGCAUUGGACGUGGUACAAAUUAGUUUUUUGGGCGGUACAGAAUAAAUUUUUGGUGUGGUAUAGAUUUCCUUUUGGAUAUUAAAUUUGGUUAAUCCUCUAUUAUGUGUGCAAUUAAAUUGUUGGGGUUGAAUUAUACUUGGUUCAUAUGGAAUUUGUGUUACAUUUAGAAUUGGACGUUGAAUAUAAAUAUUUUGGAUGGUUGGAAGUGAAAUGUGUGCACGUUGUUGAAUGGUUGAUAAUAUAUUCAGUAUUGAUGGAUUAUAUUGUUUAUACAAGGUACAGGUUGCACUAAUAAUGGAUACA